AUGUCGCGCCUCUCGCAGUCGUUCGUUGCCUCCCUCGCACGGGGCCUCAACUCGGCUCAAGUCCCUUGCGUGUUGUGGGGCCACUGUCUGUUGGUUCUCCACGGUGUGCCAUCCAUCAUUGGCGUAACCGACCUUCCGGCAUAUUUUGCGCUUGCGUCGGAUGAGUCCGUGUUCCCGCCCUGGCGGCCAGGCCGAGGCCUUGGCGUUUAUCCGUCCGCUGCGGGGCCGGUCGUCGCUUUGAGGUCUCACAUUCUCCUGGAAGCGUACAUGCGUAUUUACGCACGGGACCAUGGGAAGCAAGUCGGUUCGAUCGGCAUCUCCAUGAUUGCGUACAUGCAAUUAUACGUCGACGAGGACGGGUUUUUGGAUGCAGACCUCCUCCCGGAGCCGCUCAGGACGUUCUACGGGGAACUGAAACAGUGGAAGAAGCCGCUGCGGCAGUGGACGCUGGAAUUCAGGGCUGCCCUUGGGGUGCCUGAGGAGGAGUCAGAGAGUGAUGACGGGUACUAG